AUCAUUAUAAUUCAUCUUCUGGAAAUCAAAACAUCACAAAUUCACAACACAAACACAAAACUUUGUUCAAGCUAGAUCAGUUCUUUUUUUUUUUUUCCAAUGGAAGCGUCAUGGGAAGAUUUUCAUCUUGACAUGGAUUUGGAUUGCGGUGAUGAUUACUUCAUAGACAACAUUAACAUUGACGGUGACGAUUUUCUUAGAGAGAUUCUAUUAGAAAUACCACAAAGUUCAGAUUCAGUAGUGUCUGAAUCUGAACAACAACACCAACAAGAACAAGAACAAUCCAAAAAUGUUACUGGUCGAUGUUAUUUACCAAAGACAUUUAUUUUGUCUUUUGAUGACUCAACUAUGAUACCUGCUACACGUGAAGCAUGUGUCGAUUUGGAAGGUAAACGUGAUUCUAAGAAUAAACGGAAACGUGAAAGUGGUGAAAAGAGUGAAAAGAUGAAAAGGAAUGAAGAAAAAGUAGUGAAGAGAGGUAGAAACAGUUCUCAGUGUGUUGAUCAUAUAAUAGCAGAGAGAAAACGGAGACAAGAAUUGACCGAAAAAUUCAUUGCUCUUUCAGCAACUAUUCCUGGAUUGAGCAAGACAGACAAAGCCUCCAUACUUAGAGCAGCAAUUGAUUACGUGAAACAUCUUCAACAACGUGUUCAUGACCUAGAAAAACAAGACAAAAAUGUUGGUGUCACGUCAAAUAUGGUCCUUGAUAAACCUAAUCUAUAUGGAAUUAUUGACAAUAAUGAAGACAAAAAUUUUGGUCAAACAAGUAGUGAUGAUGAUGAUCAUGAUGAUUGUAAUAAUAAUAAUAAUAAUAAUAAUAAUAUCCUCCCUGAGAUUGAAGCAAGAGUUAUGGGAAAGGAAGUGCUUGUUGAAAUUCAUUGUGAGAAACAAAUUGGAAUUGAGCUUAAAGUACUAAAACACAUUGAAAAUCUUGAGCUUUUUGUUACUGGUAGCAGUGUCUUGUCAUUUGGGAAAUCAGAUCUUUCCAUUACUAUUAUUGCUCAGAUGGGUGAAGGAUACAAAGUGAGAGUGGAAGAUCUUGUGAAAAGUGUUAGGCGAGUGAUUUUGAAACCUGAAAUUGGAUGUGAAGUUGAUCUAUUCUAGUGUAUCAGUGAACAACAAGUUUUUUGAGUUAAAGAAAAAACAAUUGUUGUUUUUGGGUGGAUUGCCUAUUUUCUGUUUCUUAAUAUGUUUGUGAGUGCCAUGAUUAAGUGUUGGAUUUGAGUUUUGUAAAUAUAAAAAUAUAAUUGUUGGGUGAGUUUUGUUGCCUUAUAUAUUGCACUCUUUUUUAAGCUUUAAAGUAAUUAUUAGAAAGAUAACUAUUAAGUCGGUCGCUCAAAUUAUCCCCAAGUAUAUCAUGAGUUGCUUCAAAAUUUCAGAUGGUGUGUGCAAAGAGAUUGAAAGGGUGUUAGCUAAGUUCUGGUGGGGAGCGAAACUCAGAGAGAGAAAGGUGCACCAGAU